AUGGCUCACGAUAAUGUGGAUGAGCUGCUGGGAGGCAGUUCCCUCAAGACCCCCACAUACCCAAGCAACUGCCUCGCCUUCCUCAACCAGUCUGCCCCAAAACCCCUUACCAACAAAGCCAAGGUCCACCUAAACAUCAUCGUCGUCGGCGCAGGAUUAGGGGGCCUCUCAACAGCAAUCGCCCUCGCAAGUACCGGACACACAGUGACAGUCUACGAACAAGCUCCCGAGCUGGGCGAGGUCGGCGCAGGAAUCCAAAUUCCCUCGAACUCAACCCGCCUGCUCAGCAAACUAGGGUUAGACCAGUACCUCACACCCCACGUCACAGAACCCUCGCAAAUCUCCUUCCGACGGUGGGAAUCAGGAGCGGUAAUCGGGUUGACUCGGCUAAUCCCCGACUUCCGGGAUACCUUUGGCGCUCCGUACUACGUGAUUCACCGCGCGAAUUUCCACUCGGCGUUGCAUGCUCGUGCUGUGGAGUUGGGUGUUGUGGUUAAGCUUGCUUCCCGGGUUGUUAGGUACACUAAUGAUUCGAACCCUUUCGGCGAAACCGGAAGGGCAGGUAUAUGCCUUGUGGAUGGGAGGUUUGUUUGUGCGGAUUUGGUUGUUGCUUCUGACGGUGUGAAAUCCAUUGCAAGAGAACUGGUCGAUCAAUCUGGACGUCCAAUCGAAAGAACUGGAUUCGCUGCGUACAGGGCGACGGUUGAUGUUUCGAAGAUACAGGCUGAUCCGGAAAUAUCCUGGUUGCUUGAGAGGCCGGCGCUGAAUAUCUGGUACCAUACACUCCCUCCACCACACUACAGUAGAAACCAGCUAACCAUCUCCAAUGACAGGAUCGGCGACCAAAGACACGUAAUGACCUACACCAUCAACUCCGGCAAAUCCUUCAACAUGGUCCUCUCGCAUCCAGACAAUACCGAUCCCGCGAGCUGGGACCAGACGACUGCACUCCGCGACAUGAGACGGGAAUUUCAAGGCUGGGAUUCGAGACUCCAAAAAAUAAUCUCCAUGAUCACGAACACAAUUAAAUGGCCCCUCGUAAGCGGAACGCCUCUCCCCCGCUGGACAGCCGGGCGAAUAGUGAUGCUCGGCGAUGCAGCGCACGCGAUGCUGCCCUACAUGUCUCAAGGCGCUGCAAUGGCAGUAGAAGACGCCAUUGCCCUCUCAACCUCCCUCUCAAAACUAACCAGUACACACGACCUGCCCACCGCACUGUCCAUCUUCGAAAAAGCCCGCAUUGACCGCACAAGCAAGAUGCAAGAAGCUAGUCUUCUCAAUGGGAAAUUGUGGCAUUUCGCUGAUGGGCCGCUGCAGCGGGCGCGGGAUGCGGCUAUGAAGCCUGAGGUUGAUGGGGUGGGCUUUUCUCAUAGUCCGAAUCAGUGGAGUGAUCCUGUCACGCAGAUUUGGACGUAUGGGUAUGAUGCGGAAGGUGCUGUUGAGAGGGCAUGGAGGGAAUAUAGAGUGAAGUGUGCACUUUAG